AUGAAGGGUCUCGUGCUCGUUUGUGUAGCUGUCCUGGCCGUCUCUUCUGCGGCGGUCAUCGACAGGCAGAAAGUCGUUCGCGCAUUCAAUCCCAAACGAACGAGAAGUUCAGAGGAAACACCAUUGCAGGUUGGAAAUGGCAACUUUGCCUUUGGCGUCGAUGUGACGGGCUUACAGACCUUUAAGCCGUUCGCGACCAUGUCGACGUGGGGAUGGCACAAGUUUGCGCUCCCAGAGACGGAGAACCAGACGUCGCCAGAGGAGUUCAAGGGCGUCGAGUGGGAUACCCACGGAAGACCAGUCUUCUACAACCAGCCUAACGAAGACCAACCCGAUCUCUCCAACUGGCUCCGCGAGAACCCCCACCGCCUCAACCUAGGAACCCUCGGCUUCUCAUUCGCAGAUGACAUUUCCGAGGACGAUCUCACAUCAAAGACCCAAACGCUCGACCUCUGGACCGGCCUCAUCACCUCGUCCUUCGAAUAUAAAGACACCCCCGUAACGGUCCAAACAGUCGCAGACCCAUAUUCCGACACCGUUGCCAUCACCGUCGACUCUCCCCUCCUCGCAACGGGAGCCCUCCAACUCUCCCUCGACUUCCCAUACCCUGUGAACGAAAAGUUCAACGCACCUUUUGUGGGCGUGUACAAUCAGAGCGAGCUCCACAACGUCACUCUCCGCAACAUCGGCGACCAGAGCGCCGAGGUACGGCAUGUCCUCGACGAGACGGCUUAUAGUGUUUUUCUGCGCUGGGAAGGGGAUGCUACGGUCUCUGGUCCACUGUAUGAGCGCACGCACACGUAUUUACUUCGGGGCUGGGGGGAGACCUUGAGACUGACGGCUACGUUUGCGGAAAGGAAGGUUUGCGGAAAGGCGGCGUCGGUGGAAGAGAUUACGGAGGCGGCGGAGAGAUGGUGGGGGGAUUUUUGGGAGAAGGGCACUUUUGUGGAUUUGACGGCGACGGGGGCGGAGGAUGCGAGGGAGGUGCAGAGGAGGGUUGUGUUGUCGCAGUAUUUGGUUGCCGUGAACUCGGCGUCGGAUUUACCUCCCCAAGAGUCUGGUCUCGUCAACAACGGCUGGUAUGGCAAGUUCCAUAUGGAAAUGUACCUCUGGCACGCCCUCCCCUUCGCCCUCUGGAACCACUGGCCCCUCCUCAACCGCUCCCUCUCCCACGUCUACCCAGACCUCCUCCCCGCCGCCCUCAACCGUGCCUCAACCCAAGGCUACAAAGGCGCCCGGUGGGGUAAGAUGACCGGCCCCGACUUCAACGACGCUCCCGGUGAGAUCAACUCGCUUCUCAUCUGGCAACAACCUCACCCCAUGUACUUUGCCGAAACUGAGCACCGCCGAGCAGUUUCUUCUUCAGAAGAGGAAGGCGCCGUGCUGGAGAAAUGGGACGAGAUACUUUCCCACACCGCCGACUUCAUGGCCUCCUUCGCCUGGUGGAACGAGAAAUCCGGAUUCUACGAUCUAGGUCCACCCGUGUAUCCCGCCUCCGAAAAUACGGACCCCAGACUCACGCGUAAUCCUACCUUCGAACUCGCCUACUGGCGCUUUGGUUUCGACAUCGCCAUCCUGUGGAAAGAACGCCAAGGUCUUCCUACACCCCAGGAAUGGCUCGACGUACGCGACAACCUUGCGCCCCUUCCAACCGUCGAUGGAACGUUCCCCGUAUACGAAGGCGUUCCCGACAUGUGGGUUUCCAACGCAACAACCAUGGACCACCCCGCCAUGACGGCCAUCUACGGCCUCCUCCCGCCGCCGUUAUCCGGCCCCGAACUAGACCUCGAGGUCGUGCAUCGUACGGCUGAGCACGUCAAGGAAUUUUGGGAUCUAGAUCAGUCGUUUGGUUGGGAUUUUCCUAUGCUUGCCAUGAACAGCCUGAGGUUGGGAAAUGUGGCUGAUGCGGUUGAGUACCUCUUGCACCCGACUUUUGCCUUUGAUGAUGCUGGGUAUCCUCUGGGUGGGACGAGGGUGCCCACGCCGUAUUUUCCUAGCUCGAGUUCUUUUUUGAUUGCGGUUGCUAUGAUGGCUGGGGGUUGGGAGGGGGAGGAGGGUGCGCAUUUUCCGGAGGACUGGGAAGCUGUUGCGGAAGGAUUUAGGCCGACUUUGUGA